GGAGGUGGUGGUCUGUCGACUGUCUUCCACGGUUUGGAUCCCAGCGCAGCCCCCAUGGGCAGGGCUACUUUCUUCUUUCUACCCACUCUAGUAAUUUCUUCCUCCACUGUGUUGGCUUUCCCUUAGGUUUCUUGGCCCUGUUCCUGCCCGAGCAGGACUUUUUUUAGGGGCACCGUUGGGGAAGCCUCACGCGGGAGCCUUAUCCCCAUGAAGAUUCCACUGGUAACUCUCCAACCUCGUCACCAUGAAUGGGGUCCUGAUCCCCCAUACACCCAUCGCUGUGGACUUCUGGAGCCUGCGCCGGGCUGGUUCCGCGCGGCUUUUCUUCUUGUCCCACAUUCAUUCGGACCACACCGUGGGCCUGUCUAGCACCUGGGCCCGGCCCCUCUACUGCUCCCCAGUCACUGCCCACCUCUUGCAUCGUCGCCUACAGGUAUCUAAGCAGUGGAUCCGAGCCCUGGAGGUUGGUGAGAGUCACGUACUGCCUCUAGAUGAAAUUGGGAAAGAGACCAUGACUGUAACCCUCAUCGAUGCCAAUCACUGCCCUGGCUCUGUCAUGUUUCUCUUUGAAGGAUACUUUGGAACCAUCCUCUACACAGGUGAUUUUCGAUAUACACCAUCCAUGCUAAAGGAGCCAGCCCUGAGAUUGGGGAAGCAGAUCCAUACCUUAUACCUAGACAACACCAAUUGCAACCCAGCCCUGAUUCUUCCUUCCCAGCAAGAAGCUACCCACCAGAUUAUCAAACUCAUUCGAAAGUACCCACAACAUAAUAUAAAGAUCGGACUCUACAGCCUGGGAAAGGAGUCCCUGCUGGAGCAGCUGGCCCUGGAGUUUCGGACAUGGGUGGUGUUGAGUCCUCGGCGCCUGGAGUUGGUGCAGCUGUUGGGUCUGGCAGAUGUGUUCACAGUGGAGGAGAAUGCUGGCCGCAUCCAUGCUGUGGACCGUACAGAGAUCUGCCUUUCUACCAUGCUGCACUGGAACCGGACCCACCCUACUAUUGCUAUCCUUCCCACAAGCCGGAAAAUCCACAUCUCCCACCCUGAUAUCCACAUCAUUCCUUACUCUGACCAUUCCUCCUACUCUGAGCUUCGUGCCUUUGUGGCAGCACUGAAGCCCUGCCAGGUGGUGCCCAUUGUCAGUGGACAGCCUUGUAGACACUACUUUCAGGACAGCCUGAACCCCAGGCUCUCUAUGCCCUUGAUUCCAGCCUCUGUGAGGCAAUACAUGAGUUCCAACUCUAGAAAACAGAGCUUCCUCUGGCUGCUAGAAAGGAGGCUAAAGAAGCCGAGAACCCAGGGUGUUGUGUUUGAAUCCCUUGAGGAAAAUGCUGAUCAGUGUCAACCUGACAGGGACUCAAAGAAGGUCAAGAAAGAGAAGCUUUCUCCCCAGCCUGGGGACCUUGAGCAGCAGCCCUCCCCCUGUACUUUGCAGGUCAAGAAGCAGUUGUUGCCAGACCUCUACAGCAAAGAAUGGGAUCUGUUAGUCCCUUUCUGUGAGUCUCAGGGGAUGGCAACUGUGGUGACUGCCCCCUUGGGCUUGUCGGUGCAGUUAAGGUGUACAGAUGAGGAGUUUAUCUCUCUGAAAACUGGGGAGGAAAUUAGUUUAGAGCCCCACUUGUUACCCAGGGGAGACAAUGAUGGCCCAGCAACCACAGGGAACCAGAGUGCUUGGAUUGGCAAAGAUUCUUCUCUGUCUCCCAGCAGCAGGGCUGGCCCUCUUCUGACUUCUGGGUUCAGGGGCCUGGCACUAAAAUACCUCCUGACUCCAGUGAACUUUUUCCAGGCAGAGUUCUCUUCCAGGAGCUUUGACCAGCAAGUGGAAAAAUACCGAAGAACCCUUGCUGAAGUACAGAGGAGAGCACAGAAUGACACCCUUGUUUGAUCCAGCACUGUGGUUUUGAAGAUAGUGGCUGAUGGCACUAUUUGUUUUGGGCCUUGCUUUUCUAUCUUCCUGGAUCCCUAAGGGCUCACCCUGCAACAGCACUUCCUAGUCCCUAUGGAAUCCUUAGUUUUAUAGUUGAGUAUGUUUGAAAAGCACGUCUCAUCAUAAUCCCUUCACAGUAUACGUGAGUACAUUAAAGGUUCUGAGAAGUCCUGCAGGAAUUUAAUCUGUUUAACUUCGUCUAACCCAGUAUUUCUCAAACUUUUUUGAACAUGCAACCCUUUUAUGUGGGUGCAAAACAGAGAUAGAGUCAGAAUCAAGAAGGAGCGGAUUAUUUUCCAUUGUUAUUUUGUGUGUCAUGUCCCAUCUGCUGUGUCCCCUUCUCCCUCUUCCCAGACUAAAGUCCCUAGGUAGUUCUAUUUUUAAGUUAUGAACAAACUGUGGUGCUGGACGGUCAAUAUGAUUUGGUUAAGUGGUGGCCCAGGCAGCACGUUCCAAUCCUGAGUGUCACUGACUUGCUGUGACCCCAUCCAAGUGACUUCCUGUUACUGCUUCUUGGAGAGAACAGGAAGCGAUGAAGAGGCCUUCUUGGAUCAGUGGUGAAAAAUUCCACCUCUGACUCCUUCAUGAGGGACUGCAGUUAGUGUCACUGAGGACCUAUUGGAGCAGAACCAGCUAGGGGGUUGGGUACCCCUUAUCAAGGCAGUACCUGUAGCCCAGCUGAACAGUCAGGCUGCCAGCUGCUCCGGGUCCCUGACAAUUUGGCUGAAAUAAAGUUACAAAAGAUCACGUGUGCUGUGAGCUAUUCCUCUGAUUGUUCGCAUAGCUGGGAUGUUUGUUGCCCCUCCUCCCCGCUGGGUUGA